GCACUAAAGACGCUUUCCAGAAUUUUCAGUUUCAGUUUGUGCUUGACGUUCGUCUUACAAACUGUGAGUUUGCUGGAAAGUAAGGAAAAAAUUUGCUUUCUCGACUUGACUUUCAAGAUGGAUUCCCUAUUGGACAAUAUGUUGCGUUGCUUGCCCAUUUCGGACGAACUCUGCGAGAACCCCUAUCGCAUGUGCGACAUCUGCUACGAGGACGGGCCCGAGAAUUGUCCGUAUCUGGCGGAGUACGCCGUACAUCCGUGGUGCGCAGAGACUGAAGAUGACCCUCGCAGCGCAUCGUUGCCGCUGCCGUUGCCGCUGCCGCCGCCACCACCGCCACCGCCGCAGCAGCAGCCGGCACCACCGCCGCCACCGCCACCACAGCCGGCACUGCCGCCACCAGAGCCGUCGGCUUCGGUCACUGACGAGGACAUAGAUGAGAUGGAGGCGGCCAUAGCCGAAUAUGAGCUGGUACUGUUGGGUACCUCCGGCACUAGCCGUGAUAUCUAGGAUCUUGGAUCUGCAGCAGGAAUGAUUGGCCUAACUUAUUGUUCGAGCUGAGCAAGCGCAGCUUUUUCACUGGAAUUAAUAAAGUUAUA